CAAUCAGCGCUGUUGAAAGUUCGACCGGAAGGGAGCGGCGGGACCAACACGAGCAGAGAGAAAACAUGUCGUUUGGAGAUGCCUGGAAACAACUUUCGUGGUUUUAUUACCAAUAUUUGCUCGUAACGGCGCUUUAUAUGUUGGAACCAUGGGAGAGAACUGUCUUCAAUUCUCUGCUUAUCACAGUGGCAGCCAUGGCAGUCUACACGGGUUAUGUGUUCAUGCCCCAGCACAUAAUGGCUAUAUUACACUACUUUGAAUUGGUCCAGUGACGUCAUCUACACCAAUCAUCGGAUGAUUUCGACCUCCCUCUGGUGGCCGGAAAAAUGAACUGCUCUAGAACUCUGUUCCAGAUGUCUGUGAUCACUACAAACAAGGAACAAUGUGUAUGUUGUGGGUGAACAAUGUUGUAGAGUGAGAUUCACAAUGUCUCAUUGUCUUGUAUGUGUGGCUGUGUUGCCCUCUACAAGCAGACCCAUCUGCAACUGUGAAAGCACACUGCCCUGUUUUUUUUAUUUUUUUAUAUUUCUUCAGUUUUCUUUCAUAUAAAGCAUUUUAUUUAAACAAUGAAUAUAUUUUGUGAUAAAUGUGUAUAGUUAAUUGUAUACAUAUUUGUAAAGUUUUAUAGAGAUUUUUUUUUUUGGCUUACCUAAAAUACUUAGUUUGCCAUCGUGGAAUAAUUAAUUAUUGAUACUGUUUGUCACCACCGGAAAUCUAUUUUUAUUAUCUCUAUAAUUCAUGUGGUAAAUAAUUACUUUUGUGAUGUCAUUGUUCAUAAAUGGUUGCUCAGGUCAAUAACUGGAAUCAGUCUUUGUGUCAGUAAACCAGAAAAAUAUAUAUUAUUAAAUCUUUUCUUUAAUCGUAUUCAACCCAAGUUUUGUUAAAUUAUAUGUUGUUUUGUCCUCUUUCCCUCCAAGAAUUCCCCCUGUACUGGGACAACUGUAACACUUUGAGAAAGGCAUGGUCAUAAUAUUGAACUUAAUACAGACUUCAAUGGAAAUAUUUAAUGCUACUAUCGGAACAUGUUUCUCAUACCUAAAGAUGGCAGUUAAAGUUGUAGUAGUUUGAGUUACAAAGGAAAAUGUAAAUAAAAUAAAAUGAAUGUUA